AUGGAGACCCAUCCAGCCGCUUCAGCUCUCGCCUAUCCUCCUCUAGAUGGGUCUCUCCUUCUCCACGAAUUUCCAGAUUUUCAUCUUCGCCAUAAUCCCUCUCAUCCGCUGUUUGUGUACGCUGAGAAUGACGGGAAAUUCCUGCAUGAAAUUUCUCACCUCGAGUUCUGCCGUGCUGUUCAUCGAGUCGCUCAUGCUGUGAAUCAUAUUCCUCGAAUGGUGCCCGUGGGGGUUCUAGCGCUGACGGAUACAAUUUUCUAUCAUGCCCUAUUCCUUGGCUUGAUGAAAGCAGGCCAUACGCCAUACCUUCUGUCACCAAGAAAUUCCGCUGCCGCCACAGCCAAACUUCUCCAGGAUGUCGGCAGUCGCCACCUCGUGGCGUCGCCGAUAUUCAAAGCACUUAUCCGGGAAAUUCGACUUGAGCUCGAAUUGGAAUCGCCGGUCAGCCUCUCGGUCUUUGAAUUGCCAUCUCUCGAUAGCGUGUUCCCAAAACUAGGUUUUGAGACGCGCGAAGAUCCCUUUACGCCCUACAUGUCUACUAGGCGAUCCCUGUUGACCGAUGUUGCCUUCUACCUGCAUUCUUCCGGUAGCACAGGAUUCCCCAAGACCAUUCCACAAACUCAAACUUCUAUCUUGCACUGGUGUUCAUUCCAGUCUAUACGCGACUUGAUCUAUCAUCCCAACCUUAGGAUUGGUGGUUUCAUGCUGCCGUCCUUCCACACGCUUGGGAUAUAUUUCCAGAUUUUGACACCUCUAGUUGGCUUACGCACUGUUGCCGUUUAUCCACCGCUGUGUAAAACGCCCACCUCCCAACCCUUCACGCCUUCCCCCGGAAGUGUUCUGGAACACAUCGCUCGUACGCAAUCCAACUCUGUAGUCGCCAUCCCUGCAAUUAUCGAAGUAUGGGCUUCCAUUCCGGCCGCAGUUGAUGUUCUGCGAAAAUUGCAAAUCGUGUGGUAUUCGGGGGGUACAUUAUCCGCCAAGGUUGGCAACAGCCUUCACGCAAGCGGCGUAACUCUAACGUCAGUGUAUGGGGCUACCGAGUUCGGAGCGCCGGUGCAUACCAUGCCUUUGGCUGCCGAUGUGAAGGCCGGCGAAUGGUCAUGGAUACGUUUCGACUCUCAGGCAACCAUUCAGAUGCUACCACACGGCGAUGGUCUAUUUGAGGCACAUUUUAUGAGCACAGAAAAACACCACGUUUCAGUACACAACUUGACCGAUGGCCUUGGCUAUGCGACAGCCGACUUAUUUCAGAAGCACCCUACCAAAGACCUGUGGAAGAUAGCAGCAAGGACAGAUGAGGUUAUUGUCCUUUCGUCUGGAGAGAAGGCUAUUCCCGGGCCUACGGAAGACAUAAUUAACUCGAGCCCAUUGAUCUUAGGGUCGGUGAUGUUUGGUCGUGAACAACCUCAAGUUGGAAUCAUUGUGCAGCCGAAGAGCGCGGUAUCCGAUGAAGGGCCGGUCAUAGAAGAAGCGAAUCACCAAGCUCCGGCCUUCAGCAAAAUUUACAGAGAUAUGAUCAUAGUCGCACCACUAUCGAAAUCCCUUCCCAGGUCUUCGAAGGGAUCUAUUCACAGAAAAUUAUCCCUGGAGGCCUUCAGCACAGAAAUCUCCAAUUUGCGAGUAUCAGUGAAAGUUCCAUCGGACUGGUCCUCUUCCAAAGUCUAUUCCUGGUUACUGGAUCAAGCUACCGACGUUAUGGGGUCUCCGAUUUUACCAGAAAUCGAUUUCUUUCAGCAGGGAUUCGACAGUCUCAGUGCUUCCAUCUUGCGACAUCACAUUACUUCUGCAAUGCGUGCUUCACCCAUCGAGGCUGUUCGCCAGGAGGCAGAACACUUCACAUUGGAUUGCAUAUAUAAAUAUCCUUCUGUCCGACAACUUUCCGCGUCCUUUGAUGCACUCUCCAAGGGUUCGAGUCAUGUAUCGCAUGUCUCUGAAAACAUCUUGGAGUCCAUGAUUAGCCGAUAUGGUGCAUUUUCAGCUGUUAGGGCUUCUCCCGUUGAUAGCGCAGUGUCCAUGGGCUCGGAAGAGGAAGACCAGAUUCUGAAAGGCUCUGUGGUCUUGCUAACGGGCUCCACUGGUUCACUUGGAUCGCAUGUUUUGGCUCGGCUCAUCUCUUCCUCUGACAUUCAAGCAGUAUAUUGUCUAAACCGGACGUCAAGUCAAUCAACAUUGAAGCAACGACAACGGAGCAUGUUCAAGAGGCAAGGACUCGAUGUAACGUUACUGGAUUCAACAAAGGUCUUUCUCAUCGAAGGAAAUAUGACGGAGGAAAGAUUUGGCUUGGAUGAUUAUCUUUUCCGUAGGAUGCUCUCCUCGGUAAACGUUAUCGUUCAUGCAGCGUGGAGGGUCGACUUCAAUUUGACGUUACCAUCUUUCGAGCCCAACAUCGAAGCGACUCGGAACCUCAUCAACUUCGCCUUAGACAGUAAACAUUCAACGGGAACUCGAUUCGUCUUCGUUUCCUCAGUAACCUCCGUACAAUCCUGGACCGGCCAAGCUGGUGUCGUCCCUGAAUCGGCAAUUGACAAUUGGAAGGUGGCUGUCGGUCGGGGAUACGGCGAGGCCAAAUACGUCGCCGAACGACUCACCCUGCGCAAACAGCUGCUUAGUCGAAGCGGUCUUCGAGGGUCAAGCCUUCGCGUUGGCCAGCUAUGCGGUGGCUCUCAUGUGGGCGCAUGGUCGACUACGGAAUGGUUCCCGAUCCUCGUCAAGUCUAGUAUAGCGAUCAAUGCACUGCCCUCGUUCUCUGGCGUUGUAUCUUGGAUGACUGUGCAAUCAGUAGCUCAGAUAAUUCUAGAUAUAGCGUUCAAUCCGGAAGCGGAGCCUAUGAUUAAUCUUGUACACCCAAAGCCUGUGCCAUGGGCGUCUAUCAUUACCCAAGUUCAACAUGCCUUGAAGGAAGAUAUUCCGGUGAAGCCCGCCUCAGAGUGGUUUGAGAUCCUUGAGACCCGAUCACAGACGGCUUCUUCGGAGGAUAUGCAACAGAUUCCUGCUCUGAAGCUGUUGGCCUUCUUUCGCGAGAUGAUACAGGGAGGCGACGGCAGUGACAGUGACCAGGAAAGUGGCGGACUACCCAGGUUUUCUACUUCGAAAGCUGAAAAAUAUAGUUCAACGAUGUUAAAUGUCAAGCCCAUUGGGUCAGAAGAAGUAGAAGGAUGGGUACAGUAUUGGAAAGAGGUAGGAUUUCUGAGGAGGUGA